ACCAUUGAGCAGUGAACAGUGUACUUGUGUGUCGUAAUUCAUACAUUUUGUCUUCAAUUUUUUUUUUUGCUGUGUCGCUGGUGGUACUGCUAUUAUUCCAAUAAGGAAACCCGGGAACAAAUAACAAAUUGUAGUGAACGUGGUCGUUUUUCUGUGAUUGCAAAAUAGAAAUAAUUUUGUUUCCAACCUCCUGGCACGGAUUACGGAGGCGGUUAGGAAAGUGUGAAUUGUGAAAUUUUCUCGAAUGAAUUUCGUUGUUUACCCACAGUAAUCGUGACAAAGGGGUGUACUGGGUGUACUAGAUGGAUAUUUACUGGUAUUGGUACGAAUAAAGACAAAGUUAUGCGCGAGCUUUUAUCAAUAAUGUUCAAAGUAAGCAAUUGAUUUUUUGUCGGCUGACAAUCCUAAAUAAAUAAUUGAUGAGUCCUUGAGACAACCAACAGCAGUGAGUUCUACAGAAUAAAGUCAAAACGCAACAUCUCAACGAAGCAAGCGGCAUCAAUAAAACAAAUCAAGUGACCUUAGAGUGGAAAGACGAAGCAUAGAUUGAUAAAUAAAUACAUUUUAUUAACAGUUUGCCUUGAGAACGAUUACGUCUUUUUUUACUGCCGAGCAAACUUGUGCUGGCGUCGUAUUGUAGUGUGAGUGGUCUAAGUGGAACUUCAUUGACGAAGGCAAAAACAAACAAGUGUCUGGUUUGGUUUUGGGAAUAACAGUUUGUCACAACUGCCCAAAUCCAAUUGAGAAAGCAUUCAAAAUGAGAAAUACCGUCAACAAUAACAGUAUGGAAUCAUUCUACGAGGAUAGUAAUGCCCAGUACGUGCCAGCCACGAGCCAGGCACAGGCUAACACCGGAAAUGGAUUAAAACGACCUGCAACCCUGGAGCUGAAUCCGGGAAAAAGUCGCAAAGCACGAUUCAAUGCUUCGGUGACGGCACCUCCCGUGCUGACCUCGCCAGAUCUGUUGAAACUAGUCUCGCCGGAACUGGAAAAGAUAAUCAUCAACAACGCUGCCCUACCCACGCCGACGCCAGGCAGUAUCCUAUAUCCCACAAAGGCCACCACCGAGCAGGAACAAUUUGCCAAAGGCUUCGACGAAGCUCUAUUGUCCAUGCACGAAAAAGACAACAUCAACAAGAUGCACCAUAACAAUAACAAUAAUAACAACAAUAUUAAUAAUAAUAACAGCAGCAGCAACAGCGUCACCUCGAUUGCAACGGUAUCGAGCGUCUCCACCGCUACGACCACCACUCACAACACGAUGAGCGGUGGUGACAUCACCUAUACCGAUCUCGAUAAUUACCCAGGAGUUAUCAAAGAGGAGCCUCAGAUUGUGCCACAAUCGCCACCGGUCAGCCCGAUUGACAUGGAGAACCAGGAGCGCAUUAAGCUGGAACGUAAACGGCUGCGGAAUCGCGUAGCCGCCUCCAAGUGCCGCAAACGGAAGCUGGAACGAAUCUCCAAGCUCGAGGAUAAGGUGAAAGACCUAAAAACGCAAAACACUGAACUGUGCAGUAUCGUUUUCAACCUAAAGCAGCAUGUAAUCCAGUUGAAGCAACAGGUGAUAGAGCACCAUAACUCGGGGUGCACCAUAACCUUGACGGGAAAAUUCUAGACUAAACUUGUCCCUAACUUACCGUGAUCAGUAUCGAUCGCUAUGAGGAAUUAUUUAUUUACAUGCAAUCUUGAAUGAAUACAGCUCUUUUCCUCUCUUCCCGUGUAGAUUGUAAGCAAUGGUCUAAUCUAAUAGAGCUAGCAUACCGCUUAAACUACGACGAACAGAAAUGCCUUACGAGUUGAAACGAGCGUUAGUGUUAACCAUUAGACUGUAAGCAAUUUCUUAGGAGUGUGCAUAUUAUGAAGAAAAAAAACGCUUGAUUAUUUUCAGUUGUAAGGCGAAAAAACAAAUGCGUAAAACAACACACAAACAAACAAGAUUAUUCUAGUCCUCGAUAAAAUGUUCGCAAACAAUGAAAUUGUAAGCGUUUAUUUUUAUAUUUCACCAUUGUAAAAAUGAACUCCAAUGUGUCAUAUUGUUCCAAUCCGCUAGCGUACCAAGUAUUGAGGAUAUUCGAUUUUUGAAUUGUUUGGAGAACAAAAUUUAAAUGCUAAGUAAAUUAUUAUUUAAUCUGUAACGACAAACAUAUAAUUACGGCGUAAGAGCCAGCUAUCAAAAUUUUCCUCAAAGGGAAAUUGCGGAUAAAUCGUUACUGAUCGAACAUAGUUCACAGUAGUUAAUGAAAGAGAAAACUUUUUACUUUUGUUUACUACCAACAUCUGUGAUUGACGAGUAACGGUAUGUCUGAAAUUUCCACUCAACGUGAAUAUUGACAGUUGUCUUUUACGCCAUAAUCAUACGUUUGUCGAAUGUUGUUGUAGUAGUCAUUGAAAAAAGUGAGCAAUCUUAAUAUUUAAAUGUUUACCGCUUGUUUUAGUUUAUUAAUUAUGAUUUUAUUGCAUUGUUUUAGUUUCACUCAAUCAAUCAACAUAAACUAUCUGUAAGCAUCAGACAUUUCGGAAAGCUUAAUGGAUGUAUAUAUCUAAAGGUUAUUUACAAUAAAGUUUUUUUUAAUUCAACUUGUAGUUAUAUUGCAAAUUGCUUGCAAAAUCACAUUUUCAUUAAAUUGAGUAUUUCACUUUUAAUAAUAGUAGUACAAUGGAAGUAAUUAACACCCAAUUUCCCACACUACCUAGUUCGCCGAAAUUUUAAUAAGGGGUCUCAAUAUUGAAAACUUUGUGGUGUACCCUUGCUGCGAAACUGGCAGCACGGAACAAUAAAUAUAGGGACAGAGAGAAAUGAAUCGGCAUUCAGAAAUAAACUGUCAUACAAGUAA